AUGGCGGAGGACGGGCCCGCGAAGCCGCAGCUGAGCAUGCCGCUCGUGCUGGACCCGGACCUGACGCGGCAGAUGCGGCUGCGCGUGGAGAGCCUGCGGCAGCGCGGCGAGAAGCGGCAGGACGGCGAGAAGCUGCUGCGGCCCGCCGAGUCCGUGUACCGCCUGGACUUCAGCCAGCAGCAGCGCCUGCAGUUCGAGCGCUGGAGCGUGGCGCUGGGCAAGCCGGGCAAGGUCACCAUCACCGGCACCUCGCAGAACUGGACGCCCGACCUCACCAACCUCAUGACGCGCCAGCUGCUCGACCCCGCCGCCAUCUUCUGGCGCGCGGAGGGCGCGGAGGCCGUGGACUGGAACGAGGCCGACGCCCUGGAGUUCGGGGAGCGCCUGUCCGACCUGGCCAAGAUCCGCAAGGUCAUGUACUUCCUCGUCACCUUCGGGGAGGGCCUGGAGCCCGCCGACCUCAAGGCCUCCGUGGUGUUCAACCAGCUGUGACGGGGCCGGCCGCCGCGGCACCCCCCCCCCCGCGCACCCCCUCCCC